UAGCGCACCAAUAAACGAAGCAAGUCUCAACUGAAAAAGACUGCUGCUGCCCCUGCCCCCCCCCUCUCUCUCUCUCUCUCUGUGCCCUGUAAACUCUUCUUCAGCUCCUCCUGAUACCGUCUUCUUCUUCCUGUUAAUCUUCCUUUCGUCCUUGAUUUUCCUUCGUAUCUUGCUCUUGACGCUGUGUUGGUAGGACACUGCUUGAUCUGGUAUGGGCCUUCGUUUCUAGUUUCUAGUUAACCUGUUCACGGUCACUCGCCAAUCCAAUUAGACAAAUUGGAAAAAAGAACAUUGAAGAAGGAUUGACGAUUUUUCAGUUUGGCUCAAAUCUUACGUUUUUUGAACUUUUUGAAGUGGAGAGGGGAAUGGUGGGUAAAGAGGAUGGGAAUCCUCUGGCUCCGCGCCAGCUUCCCUCCACUGCUGGGUCCCGCAAAAUGUUCUGGCGCUCCGCUUCUUGGUCCUCUUCUAGGACUGCCCUUCAAAACCCUGAAGCGGAUGAGAAAGACUGCGCUAUGGAUCCAAGUGGUAAUGAUAUUGUUAAUAGUAAUAAUGUGGAAAACCGUAGGUAUCCUGUUCCCUUAACCCCACGUUCCCAACAAAACUUUAAAGCACGGUCAUGCUUACCACCUUUGCAGCCUUUGUCAAUUGCCCGCAGAAGUUUAGAUGAGUGGCCAAAAGCGGGUUCUGAUGAUUUAGGCGAGUGGCCUCAGCCAACCACCCCAAGUGGUAACAAGAGUGGUGAGAGGUUGAAACUGGAUUUAUCUUCAAUUCAAAGAAACCCAGAUAGGAAUGCCGGGUUAGUGAAAAGAGAUAGGAUUGCUUUCUUUGAUAAAGAAUGCUCGAAGGUAGCAGAGCAUGUGUAUCUUGGUGGGGAUGCAGUUGCUAGGGAUAGGGAGAUUUUGAAACAAAAUGGGAUUACUCAUGUGCUGAAUUGUGUGGGUUUUGUUUGUCCUGAGUAUUUCAAGGCUGACUUUGUGUAUAGGACCUUGUGGUUGCAGGAUAGUCCUUCAGAGGAUAUCACAAGUAUUCUGUAUGAUGUUUUUGAUUAUUUUGAGGAUGUAAGGGAGCAGUGUGGAAGGGUUUUUGUACAUUGUUGCCAAGGGGUUUCACGGUCCACUUCACUGGUGAUUGCAUAUCUCAUGUGGAGAGAGGGUCAGAGUUUUGAUGAUGCCUUUCAAUAUGUCAAGGCAGCGAGAGGGAUUGCUGACCCAAAUAUGGGUUUUGCAUGCCAGUUAUUACAGUGUCAAAAGAGAGUUCAUGCAUUCCCUCUUAGUCCUAGUUCAUUAUUGAGGAUGUAUAGAAUUGCUCCACAUUCACCAUAUGAUCCCUUGCAUCUUGUCCCUAGAAUGUUGAAUGAUCCUUCACCUUCUGCUAUGGAUUCUAGAGGUGCCUUCAUUGUUCAAAUUCCUUCCGCUAUAUAUAUAUGGAUUGGUAAAAAUUGUGAGGCCAUUAUGGAAAGGGAUGCUAGAGGGGCUGUUUGUCAGAUUGUUCGAUAUGAGAGAGCUCAAGUUCCAAUAAUAGUGGUCAAAGAAGGGGAGGAACCAGCGUAUUUUUGGGAUGCUUUUUCAAAUUAUCUGCCUCUGAUGGAUAAAUCUAGUAAUGGAGUGGAUAAUGGGAAAGCAGCAAUUAAGAUUUGCUCUGGUGAGAGAAAAGUCGAUGCAUACAAUAUCGACUUUGAGAUUUUCCAAAAAGCAAUCAAGGGAGGUUUCGUGCCUGCAUUUGCAUCAUCAGAGAAUGAACAUGAAACCCACCUUCCUGCUAGAGAAAGUAGUUGGAGUGUGCUAAGGCGAAAGUUUGCCCCUGUCGAUAUGAAGGAAUUUGUCUCAGCACCAAAGAUAUUCCUCUCCAGGGUAUAUUCAGAUUCUAUGAUGAUCGUGCACUCCUCAUCACCAUCCUCAUCAAUGUCAUCCUCAUCUUCAUCCUCUUCUCCUCCUUAUCUCUCUCCCGAUUCCAUAUCUUCUGAUUCUAGCACCAGCUCAAAGUACUUCUCAGAAUCCUCUCUAGAUUCCCCGGCAGCAGCUUCAUGUUCUCUUCUUGUGUCUUCAACAUUUUCUAACUUCUCUAAUUUGUCUCUUCUCUCAUUGAAGGGUUCUUCUUCUUUUCAAUCACCAUCUGACGCUCCUGGAUCUCAUGCUGUCAAUAGCAUGUCAAAUCAAUCUUCCCAAGUAACUUCCUCUCCAUCUAAAAAAUCUUCACUUUCACUUGCAGAGCGCAGAGGUAGCUUGUCUAAGUCUUUGAAGCUGCCAGUGAUGACUGAUAAUAUGCGGAUGACUAACGCACCUCCAAGUUCACUUGCCUUCCAGGAAGAUGAUGCUAGGAUAAAUGCGUCUUUUUCCUGGUGUAACUCAAAUAGUACAGAAAUUGUUUUAGAGUCUGAGAACCGUGCUAAAGAAGACCAAGAUCCAAUGAAAAAGUGCAAGUUGAAUAUAUCUCAAGAUAGAGUAGAUAGUGCUAACUUGUAUGGCAGAGAAGCCUCCUUUGUAAAUAAUUGUGAUGGACCGGGUAGAAAUUGUGUUGUGGGAGAUGGCAUGGGGUGUUCCACUUCAAAUGGGAAAGAGGAAAAUGCUACAUCUGAUCGUAACCUAGUGCAACCAUUGGUAUUCCACUGGCCCAAUUUGGAAAAAAUUGCAACUUUUGGUACUGGUGACUUGGAUUCUAAAGCUGCUUUUGCAAUUUUAGUGCCAACUACAGGUUUAGGCAGAGAUGGGAGUAGGGUUCUGUAUUUUUGGAUAGGAAGGUUAUUUCCUUUUGAUGAGAGCCUGAUUCAGUUAGAUUGCAGCAAUCGAUUAACGGAUGGGAAAUAUAUUGACUGGAAUCAAGUUGGUAGUCAUGUUCUUACUCGAAUGGAUCUUCCAAAGGAUCUCCCUGUUAAGUUUAUCAAGGAAGGUGAAGAACCAGCUGAACUUCUUGCAUUGUUGAGUGCAAUAUAGCAUGCUGUGAUCAAGGAUGAUUCUGCAAUUCGUAGCUUAAAUCUUCUUUCAGUUACUUCAAUUGGCCUAAUCUACACACAAGUUUCGAGCAUUAAAAUUAACUUUAGUGGCAAAACCAGUGAGGUGGCUGCUUUCUAAGGUUUUCUGUGGCUAUUCAUCUGGUUGUACAGUUGUGUAACACCCUCGUAACUGAAUCAUUUUGUUCCACAAAUUUAAUGUUCUUGUAUAUUCAUUAUUGUCAGAAACAAAUUCCUUGAGGAAAUAGAUACUUUUGGAAUUCUACCUUGGUAGUUGAUCGUCUUUAUCUUUUUUCUUUCUGAAAUCUGUGUUUUGGUACAAGGCAUUGUGUGCUUAAUCCCUGUGAAUUCCCAUGGUUAUAACUUUGCCUCCUGUAAAUAAUGCUGUGAUGUGGAAGUGGUGGUCGUGGCAAAGACAAUCUUUUAUUAUGUCAACAGCAGGGUUUCAGAUUACAGUUUUUAUGUA